CAUGAGUUAUCUUUUUCGGAGAAGAUGUCAACAUAAACAAACAAGCAAACAAGUCUUGAUACAACUGGGAUACUCGUAGUUUUAGUGGAGUUAAAAUGUUUGAAGUUUUAGUGAAAUUUGAGGGGGAGAGUUUGACUGUAUCGGUUGAUGCGUCGUGGACGGUAGAUCGACUGAAAAUAGAGUUUACCCGCUGCCUGGCGGCAGUGCCAGCAGCAGCAGCAGUGCCAGUGGUGGGAGAUUCUGCUGAGUCCACUGCCAGUGCCACCACCGGUAGUAUGACCAGUGCCACUGCUGGUGUUGGAGCUCUUGACCAUUCUGAGGUUCAGGUCAUUUUUUGUGGUAAAAAUCUGUCUGAUGGGAUGAAAUUACAGGAUUGUGAGCUGCAGGAGACAAGCACUUUGUUUGUAACAAGGAGGAGACGUUUUACACUUGAACCAAACUGCAGCAAAGAACGAUAUGCUAAUAUACCGACCCAGGGAGCAGCGUUAGAUGAGACGUAUACCUCUCUGCAAACUCAUCUUGAUUUGGAACCACAUAUUAAGCCACUAGGGAAUGCAAAUUAUGCCACAGAGGGUGGCCGGCUUGCUACGGCACAACAAUCGGGCGAUGCCACUAGGAAGACGCCUAAGCUCUAUGUUUAUUGCAAGACUCCUUGUCAAUCUGUACAGCCAGGAAAGCUACGUGUGUGCUGCAGUACAUGUAAGGGAGGGAUCUUUAUAGUCCAACAGGAUCCAACGUGCUGGGAUGAUGUAUUGAAGCCCUAUAGGAUCUUUGGAAGAUGCCAAACAGAGGGAUGUUCUGGAACAAUAGCUGAAUUUUACUUCAAGUGUGGCAGUCACCCGACUGCAGAUAAUGACAGAGCUGCUGCUUUAUAUCUGAUCAAGUCCAACACAAGAGACGUAGUUUGUCUAACAUGUGGAGAUAUCCAUGAUCCAGUACUAGUCUUCCCAUGUGCUGGUGGACAUACCAUCUGUCUGGAUUGCUUUGCUUCAUAUUGCCAGGUGCGACUAGAUGACAGGCAGUUUGUCUUGGCUGAUGAGGAAUUUGGCUAUACACUGCCAUGCCCAGUUGGCUGUCCAGCAUCACUGAUUAAAGAAAACCAUCACUUCAGAGUGCUCGGAAGUGAACAGUAUGCUAGGUACCAACGGUUUGGGGCUGAGGAGUGUCUGCUUCAGAAUGAUGGUGUGCUGUGUCCUUCACCAGGUUGUGGGGCUGGACUGCUACCAGACUUUGGAUCGAGGAGGGUGGAAUGUGUACAACAAGCUGGGCAAGGAUGUGGGUUUGUCUUUUGUCGCCAAUGUCGAAAUGCAUACCACAGCGGUGACUGUGAGACAUCAGCAACACAAACUGUGAUAGAUGGAGGUGGGGGAGCAUACGCAGUCAGCAGUGAGAGGGCUGCCCAGGCAUUAUGGGAGCAUGACCAAAGUAAAGAGACAAUCAGACAAUUAACAAAGCAAUGUCCAAACUGUAAGGCACCAACAGAGAAAAAUGGAGGUUGUAUGCACAUGAUAUGCCCAAUUCAGCAGUGCAAGUUUGAAUGGUGCUGGGUAUGCAGUAUUGAAUGGAACCACCAGUGCAUGGCUGAUCAUUGGUUUGAUGUUAACUUACCAUUGGUUUGAUGUUAACUGACCAUUGGUUUGAUGUUAACUGACCAUCUCAUGGGGUGGUCAUAUCAGCAUGUAUCAGGGACAGUUCAGGAUAAUAAUAUAAUAAUAAUAUCAAAGUCUUAUAUAGCGCACGUAUCUACCAAACAAGGUACUCAAGGCGCU